ACACAUUUGAAACCGUAAUAUCCACUGACAUAAUCCCCUGCAAACAAGGCGCAGUAGCCGUUUCAGCUUCCUAAAGAGCCAAGACAAACUUGGGUACUUCUUUGAUCCUCAGUCGGUCUUGUCGGUUUUACAUUUCUAGGCUAGGGAUUAGGCCAACCAGUCAGAAAUACUUGCCAAAUUUACCCGAAUCGUCAAUUUCUCUUGAGAUAAUGUAGUAUAGUUUUCAAAUUGAACCCAAAUAUCUUAACUAGUGCAAGAAUUCUCGACCAAACUUCCUGUGGGAGAGAAGUGUAUUUUUCUGCCCAUACUUAUGAAACAUGUUACAAUUGAAAGCCUCAACUAAAUAGUUUGAAUCAUGACGAUCGCUACUAGAGGACAGGGCCUUCCGCCGGAGCCCAAUGAAAGCGGCCAAUCCAGUAGUCAGAGUCAUUUAGUCCAAGACAUGAACAUGGAAGACUGUGGUAUUGAUGUGGAGGGAGAAGACAGUAAUGGUGAGCCAGACUUUCCACAUGACCUACUUGCUACUCUGGAUGAUAAAAUCACCAGUCCUCGGUGGGUUGUACCAGUUUUACCAGAGCAGGAAUUAGAAACCUUAAUGCAAGCUGCCAUUGAUCUAUCAAAGAAAGGACUUGACACCCGUAGUGAAGCAUGUCAGCGAUUCUUUAGGGAAGGCCUUACCAUAUCUUUUACAAAGAUCUUAACAGAUGAUGCAGUGAAUAGCUGGAAAUUUAAUAUACAACACUGUAUUUUACAAAAUUGUGAACGUUUGGUGGAACUGUGUGUUGUCAAGCUAGCUGAUGAUUGGUUUCCCUUGCUAGAGCUAUUAGCCAUGGUAUUCAACCCAAACAGCAAGUUUCAUGUGUUCAAUAGUGCACAUCCAUCUGAGUCUGUACCCCCGGGAUCAAAUAUACCAGAUGAGCAAAUAUUUGCAAGGUGUCCCCCAGAUACAAGGCAGCCCAGAGGAUGGCUUGUGGACCUAAUAAACAAGUUUGGGCAUCUAGGUGGCUUUCAGAUUUUAUCAGACAGGUUUCGAAAUGGCCAAAAAUUAUCUGUAACCACAAUAUAUGCUUUGAUAAGACCAUUUGGACUGUGUCACCAACAUCUUACAGUUCACACUAUCAUGAAAUAUCUUAUGCCCAUUGUGGAAGUGGUGCCUCAAAUACUUGAUAAUCUCACUGAUGACGAGCUUAAAAAGGAAGCAAAGCAUGAUACCAAAAACGACGCUAUAUCAGCAAUAAUUAAAGCAUGUAAAUGCUUGGUUUCACGCAUACCUAAUCAGGAAGAAAUGAUCAAGAACUUAGAAAUAUUUCGGUUGAAGAUAAUCCUUAGGUUACUUCAAAUUUCAACAUUCAAUGGCAAAAUGAGUGCUUUAAAUGAAGUUAACAAAGUAAUUGCUAGUGUGACGUAUUAUCCUAAUAGGCACUCAGGCCUUGAGGAGGAAGAAUGGCUUACUGCAGAGCGUAUGGCUAGAUGGAUCAAAGACAACCAUGUGUUGGAAAUAGUGCUCAGAGACUCAAUGCAUCAAAUUCAAUAUGUUGAGAAGUUAGAGAAAAUUCUCAGAUUUGUCAUUAAAGAGCGAGCUCUUACACUCACAGAUCUAGACAAUAUUUGGGCUGCUCAAAAUGGCAAACAUGAAGCAAUUGUGAAAAAUGUGCAUGACCUUUUGGCCAAACUUGCUUGGGACUUUCUUCCUGAACAACUUGACCAUCUCUUUGAGUGUUUUCAGGCUAGUUGGAAAACUGCAGACAAGAAACAGAGAGAAAAACUGUUAGAGUUAAUUAGGAGGUUAGCAGAAGAUGAUAAAGAUGGAGUGAUGGCACAUAAAGUUCUUACUCUUUUCUGGAACCUUGCUCAUGAUGAUGAUGUUCCUAAUGAGAUCAUGGAUCAAGCUUUGACGGCUCAUGUCAAAAUUCUUGAUUAUAGUUGCUCACAGGAGAGGGAUGCCCAAAAAACAGUUUGGCUAGACAAAUGUGUAGAAGAACUGAAAUCUGGUGAUAAAUGGGUUUUGCCUGCUCUGAAACAAAUAAAAGAGAUUUGCUGUUUGUAUGAGCCAGCACCAACGAUGAAUCAUGGUCAGAGAAGUCACCACACAUCUUACAGGCAAGAAAUUAUUGAGCGCCUUCAACAAAACCACAUGUUAGUGAUAUUAGUAACCAAUAGCUUAACGACAUAUAUGGACAAAGUGCGACAGGAAGCCAAAGCAAAUCCAAAUUUGGACCCAAAUGAUUAUUUUCCUGACAAAAGGUUCAAUCAUGUAGCUCAAGUUCAAGAUAGGCUAAACUUUCUCCGUUUUCUCCUAAAACAGGACGGACAGCUGUGGCUGUGUGCGGAUCAAGCGAAACAAAUUUGGCAGGCACUGGCAGAGGAAGCUGUGUUCCCAUCAGACAGAGAAGCAUGUUUCAAAUGGUUUUCAAAGCUGAUGGGUGAAGAGCCUGAUCUUGAUCCAGCUAUCAACAAAGACUUUUUUGAGAACAACAUACUUCAACUUGAUCCUACAUUGUUAACAGAAAGUGGCAUGAGGUGUUUUGAAAGAUUUUUUAAGGCAGUUAAUACUAAAGAAGGAAAGUUAAAGGCCAAAAGAAGAUCAUUUAUGAUGGAUGACGUAGACCUUAUUGGCACUGAAUAUUUGUGGAGGGUGGUGACAAAUAGCGCUGAUGAAAUAGCCAGUCGUGGAAUUGAGUUACUGAAAGAUGUCAAUACAAACUUGGGACCACAGCUUCAGUCUCAACUAGUGAAGUUUCAUGAAAGCUAUGUAUCUGAGUGUCUGUGUCGCCUCCGAGCUCAUUACGACACCAUUACAAUUCUUAGUAGCAGCAGUGGUGACUCAGAUGAGGAUCCAAUAUUGGCCAGAAAAAGAUUACAGGGUGAAGCUGUGAAGCUAUGUCGUGUAAUGAAAGUAUUGCAAGAGUAUAUAAGUGAAUGUGAUAAUGACUUUAAUGGAGAGAGAAAAAUUUUACCCCUCCAAAGAUCUUGCAGAGGGAAGCAUCUCACCCUCAUAGUCAGAUUUUCUACCCCGGGCAGACAGUCUGAAGAUGUGGAGGUCUUCACUCAUAGCAAUGAUACUUUAGUGUCAUUGCGACGUCAAGUUCUCCGUCGUAUCAAGGCCAGUGGAGUUAAUGUGAAAUUGGACCUUUUUGUGAAUGGUGAACCUCUAGACCCAGCAGAAGAUCACAAACUAUUAUCUCAGAUACCACUUAGAAACAAGGGUGUGCUGACUGCAAAAUUAUGUCAAGCUAAUUCAAAUAUGCCAAGCUCUCCGGAUUCUAGUUCAGAUAGUUCUACAGGCUCUCCACAGCAUCCAUAUGAUGGUCCUAAUGCAGAGGCUGAAAACUGUUUACCUGGCGUUCUUAUGUCUCAACAACCAAACUAUGUUCAGUUUUUCUUCCAAGUCGCAGAUCUUGGUUGUGCAAUAAAAAAUGCAGCUCUCAGAGAUGGUGCUCGAAUGCUGCUCAGUCUAGUCCCUCCAGAUAUUCUUACUGUGCAACGUCUGACUUUGCUAUUUAGAAAUUAUACUGUGAAUGGUAUUGAUGAUGUCUGUGUUUCUAAAAGUGGUGAUGUCUUUGGCCAAGCUACAACAUCACCAUCAUCUUUUCUUCCCCAUCCAACUAUAGAAAACAUGUUUUUCCAUCCAUCCCCAUCUCAAGUGUUGUACAACCUAGAAGUCAUGUAUGCUUUACUUAUGCCUGCUUUAGACACUGCAAGUGAUAAAGCUCUUGAAUUUCUUUACAACUUUGUGAAAAGUGGAAUUGCCUGUGUUAUACUGGAAAUGCUUACAAAACCGAAUUUUCUGCCAACUGCUGAUAUUGCAACUAAAAGGUCUGCCUACUUGACCCUACUAAAAAUCUGCAAAUUGCUUCUAACAGUUGUUGUAAUUGUUGUUGCACACAUUUUGGACUUCCCAUCUGACAAACUCCAAGCACUUUUGGACCAGCCCAACAUGAAUAACUUGGUAUCAAAUUCUCAGCUGUACAUAACUACCCAUCAGGAAAAAGACUUAGAGGAAGGAGCAGAUAAAAAUAAAGACUGUGACAAUGAAGCUGAUAAAGACCGUCAAUAUUUCACUCUUCUUAAGCAAAUUAUGCAUAAUAUACCAAACACAACAGACACCAUGUUAUGGACUGUUGGUGUGAGGCUAGGGUCAUCUAUAGCUAACCAGAUGGGGUCAGGAAGUGAUGAACACAACAAGGCAAGGCCUAUGUUUGUGCAAGCUCUGACUGGUAAACUACCUGACGUGUGUACAAUCCAGGCUGUGAUCAAUUUAGCUUGGGCUGCCAGUAAUGGCACCAUUGAAAUGUACAGCAAUUCUCCUGAUCAGCUGCAUGUAUUACACGAGGCUACUUGUGAGGGCAAAAAUCUUGAACAGGAUGAUGUCUUAGUUUCAAAGGAAGCCCUUGAAGUUUUAUCAAUGUCAUUAGUGUUAAAUGUGAAAACUCUGUAUAGGCUGUCUAAAGACCAAAUGUGGCAUAAUUUCAUUAUUGAUUUAGUUUUGCUAUGUAGAGAUAGGUCAAUUAGACUUUGUGCGGUUGAUCAAAUCUUGACAAUCCUCACCUGGUGUAAUGCAAAUCCUCAACCUUUGCAAGAUUUUAUAUCUCUAUUGUUUAGCGUAUUAAAUACUACAGUAGUGGAUAAUGCAAACAGAUCACAUGAGUAUUUUCAGCUCUUGUGCCGGUUAAUAAACUGCGCUUAUGUGUCAAAGUGCCCAUUACCUGAGGCUGAAGCACUUCUUAAUGAUGAAAUUAUUUGGCUAAAAAAAGUCAGGGAUAAUGUGAAAACAUUAGGGGAAACCCAUGUUGAUGAAGCAGUUUUGGAAGGUCAUCUAGGAAUAGCAAAAGAAUUGUUAUCGUUUAUGUCACCAGAAAAGAAAUAUGAGUUAGGCUCAGAUGAGUCAAAAGGCCUUUUGUUAAUUAAGGAGGUAGUAGAAGAUUUUGUGUUUCCAUCCUCUCGCCUGAUGUUACAUCUACAGAAAACUGGGCAGUUGUCUCAAGAUCAGGCAAUUCCUGUUUGCACAUCUCCAGGAACUCUUACCAUGGCAUUUGACUUCCUGGUUGCUUUGUGUGUAGGAAGUGUGUCAAAUAUGCGUUUACUUGUUGAAAUGCUAUCAGAAAUGUUCUAUUCCGAUCGAGAUGAACCAUUAGUUGAAUGGGACUAUCUACCCCCUGUAGGCCCCAGACCUUCCAAAGGCUUUGUUGGGCUAAAAAAUGCUGGUGCAACUUGUUACAUGAAUUCUAUUCUCCAGCAAUUAUAUAUGCUUGAAAGUAUUCGAGUGGGAAUACUGUCAGCUGAUGGUGCUGCAACAGACCUGAAUGAGGAUUUCAGUGGAGAAGACCGUAUUGAGGUGGAUAAUAAUCUGGAUCAAACUGACAGUGAAUCAAGUGAUGACAGCAAAUCAGCAGAUGAAGCUCGCAAGGAAUACAAUAUUGGCAUCCUCAAGCAGGUUCAAGCCAUAUUUGGGCAUUUGGCUUACAGUAAGCUCCAGUAUUAUGUACCAAAAGGACUUUGGAAACACUUCAAGUUACAAGGUGAGCCUGUUAACUUGAGGGAGCAGCAAGAUGCUGUUGAGUUUUUCAACAGCCUUGUCGAAUGUGUAGAUGAAGCUCUCAAAGCUCUAAACCUUGAGCAGAUUAUGAUCAAAACUUUAGGUGGAUCAUAUUCUGAUCAAAAGAUUUGUAAAGGAUGUCCACACAGAUACUCAAGGGAAGAAUCAUUUAGUGUUUUGAGUGUAGAAAUCAGAAACCACCCGACACUCCUGGAUUCCUUAGAACAGUAUGUGAAGGGUGAGCUUCUUGAAGGUGGAGAUGCGUAUCACUGUGAUAAAUGUGACAAAAAGGUUGUCACAGUCAAAAGACUAUGUGUGAAAAAACUGCCUCCUAUUCUCGCCAUUCAACUGAAGAGGUUUGAAUAUGAUUAUGAAAGAGUUUGUCCUAUUAAAUUCAAUGAUUAUUUUGAAUUUCCUCGGGAUCUUGACAUGGAGCCCUAUACCGUAAUGGGAUUAGCCAAACAAGAAGGAGAAAUGAUUGACUGUGAUUAUGAUGAAAUUUCAAAGGAUGUCUGCACAAAGUAUCAGUUGACUGGUAUUGUAGUUCACAGUGGUCAAGCUAGUGGUGGACACUACUACUCUUAUAUUUUGAAUAGAGAGACCAAUGGGACUGCCAAAUGGUAUAAAUUUGAUGAUGGUGAAGUUACAGAAUGCAAGAUGGAUGAUGAAGAAGAAAUGAAAACUCAGUGCUUUGGUGGUGAUUAUAUGGGAGAGGUUUUUGAUCACAUGCUGAAACGGAUGAGCUUAAGGAGGCAGAAGAGAUGGUGGAAUGCCUAUAUGCUUUAUUACACAAGGUUAGAUGUUGAAGAACAUUCUUUAUUGUUGAAAAGUUUGAAUGAAUUAUCCCUAUCUGAUACCAAGCUUAGCAUUUUGAAGAUGCCUCCAGCAAUUGAAAGGAGUGUGCGUAAACAAAAUAUAAAAUUCAUGCACAAUCGAAACCAAUUUUCUCCUGAAUAUUUCCAUUUUGUUCGUAAGCUAGUCUCAUCAAAUAUACCAAGCAGGCAACAGCACCCGGACAAACAUAGCGUAGAAACAGAAACACUCUCCAUGCUAAGUGUCCAAUUAGCUGCUCGGUUCUUAUUCCACACUGGAUUUCAUACUAAAAAAACACUCCGUGGAGGAGCAAUGGAUUGGUUUGAUGUUCUAUGUCAUCAUUUGAGGGCUUUCAAAAGUGUACGGUCCUGGUUUGCCACUAAUAUACUAUUUCAGCACCCUCAUCGGUUUUGUGAGUAUCUUCUAGCAUGCCCAAGUGCAGAAGUCAGAUCAGCAUUUAUGAAAAUCAUAGUUUUCCUGGCACAUUUUUCACUUCAAGAUGGACCAUGCCGCCCACCUAAUUUGAAUGCUCCAGUUGUUCUGUACAAACCGAACACCACCUUGAGCGACCAUCUACUUCAUGCUGUUUUGCAUCUCCUAGACAAAGAAGUAUCCGAGCAUGGACGCAAUCUGACUCACUAUUUUUCUCUUUUCCAAACCUAUGCAUCGUUAGGUGUGCAGGAACGUACUCAACUUCUCAAUUUGGAUGUGCCAGUAAAAUUCAUGCGUGUUGCACUAGAUGAAGGACCAGGUCCAACUAUUAAGUACCAGUGUCCUGAACUUACAAAAUUACAUCAAGUGGUCUCUCAACUUAUACGUUGUUGUGAUGUCAGCAGCAAAUGUCAAUCCUCGCAACAAGGGCAAGCUGUGCUUCCAAAUCCAUACGUAGAGCCAUUGUGUCAAGACUUCAUCAUGGCUGUCAGGCCUGCUGAAGCAGAAUAUCUUUUCAGUCGCAAGCACUAUGUGAAGAAACUCAUUGAGGAUGCAAACCUCUCAGAGGACACAGUGAAACUUCUGCAUUUUUGUUGUUGGGAAAACCCACAGUUUUCAAGAACAGUUCUUAGUGAGCUUUUGUGGCAAAUUGCAUCAGCAUAUUGCCAUGAACUGCACCACCACAUGCAGCUUUUGCUCAAUAUGAUGCUUAUGGAAGACUCGUGGCAAGUUCAGCGCAUCAAUAAUGCUCUGAAAGGUAUACCUGAGGAUCAGGAUGGCCUCUUCACAACUAUACAGCGGAAUAAAUCUCAGUAUCAAAAGAGAUCAUAUCAGUGUAUCAAGUGUCUUGUAGUUCUCUUCUCCAAAUGUGAAGUAGCUAUGAAUGAGUUGAAAAAGAGCACUGAUCUUCGUCGGAAGUGGGCUCUCGCGGUUGAAUGGCUACAGGAGGAGUUAAACCGACGGCCAUAUGCUCCAAACUCUCAGUACAGCUACAAAAACUGGUCACCACCUACUCAUUCAAAUGAAUCAACAAAUGGAUUUUUCUUGGAACGUUCAAACAGUGCCAGCAUGACAUUGGAACGGGCUAUAGCAAUUUGCCCUGUUGAGGAUGUUGAGGCAGAAAUGGUUGAGGAUGAUGAUAGUUCACAGCAGCUGGACAAGGCAUAUCGAAGAGACAAUAGAGAGAGAAUAGUUCGCAGGAAAUACAAAUAUUCAAAUUUCAAUCAGGCUGAGUGGAAGAUGAGACAGAAGCUUGAUUCUGCUCCACCAGCUGCUCCAGAUGUGACAUCAGCUCCUAAUGUUUCCCCUGUGUCAAGUAUUGCAAGUAUUGCAUCUGACAUAGCACCUGACAUACCAUCUGAUGUAGGUUUGGAUAACAAUGGACCAGAUGCAUCAUCAUCAUCUGAUGUUGGACCAGAAACAACAUCAGAUAUAACAACGGAGUCAGACAAUUCUACUGUGAUUGAUGUUGACCAGUCAUUACCUCCUACAAAUGAUCCUACUCCGGAAGUUUUUAGUCCAACUAACAAAGCUCUGCCCAGCUCUACAAAUAAUUUGAAGACUUCAAAACAAGAAGUUGAUCCUGAUGCUUUAAUUCAGUGGCAAGUUGACAAGUGGCAAAUGACCGUCGUGACAAGGAAUUCAACUUCAUCAGUCAAAAGCAGUGAACAACCAUCUCCACCAGAAAUUAUCCAAGGUGAGACUGAAGAGGAUUUAUCAGAAACGAAGACACACGUGAGAACGAUGAAAAACAAUUAUGGACAGAAGCCAGUUUGAGUGGUAUAGUUUAGGAUUAAAUGUUAUGCCAUUUCUCUAUCAAAUUAUCAAAGGUGAGACUGAUGAAGAUUUAUCAAAUAAGAAGACAUUUAAAAUAUUAGACAGGUGCCAGUUUAAAUGGCAUUUCUGGAUUCUGUGUUACACCAAUUUUGAACAUGUUUUCUGUGUGCAUUAGUUGCAGGCUUUAACGAAUUUUAUCUUAGUCAUGGAAGCAAAUUUUAUAUGACACUUUUUAAGACCUCCAAGUAAGACAUGUUAUGGCAAUAAUUUCCCCCCCAGCUAGUGUAGGUACUUUUUUUCACAGCCUAGAUCUUGAAGUUUGUUUCAAGUUCUGGAGUCAUUAAGUAACUUUUCAAGAACUUUUUAAGAAACACAUGAAUUUUUAUGUAUUUAUGUAUGUUAAUGCCAAUAAGCAGUAUUUAUUUCAAAAAAAGCUCAAUUGCUUCUUUUUCAUGCUUUUAUAAUACCUCUUUCAACAUUUGAAAGAUUGAUUUUAUUCAAAGGCUGAUCAAAAUUUUGUACUGACAUGUGUUAAAUUUUUAUGUAACUUAAGAAUACAUUGUUCUUUCACAAUCUUUUAGUUAUGUCUUUCCCUCUUAAUUUUUUUCUUGAAGUACGUCAUGUUUCUUUAUUUGAUUAAAAGUGUAAUAAUACUGGCUUGACUACUGGGGCAAGUAUUUUCCCACUAUAGUAUCUACUCUGCCCUCUAGGCCUUUCAAAACCCAAAAUUUUAAUGGAUUUAAAAUUUGCUCCAAAGUUGUCCAAGAGGGUUGUUCUUUGGUGACUCAGCUGCUUUCCCACUUCAUUGAUUUUGCUUCUAAGCUGUGUCCUUUGCUUUGACUGAACAAGGAAAUAAGGGAUCACUCGGCAUGUUUCUGUCAAGCUUUAAGCCUUCAUUAAGUGCCCUAUUCUCUGAAAACUGUGUAAUUUACUCUGGUCCGUUUGGUUCAGAUUCAUAUUGCACUCUGUUUUACACUGUAGUAAGUUUUAACUUUGUUUCUAAAUCACUCACAAGGUCACUUUAGCUGCAUAUAGUACUUGUUUCUGGAAAAUCCUUUCUUUUCUCUGUCAUUUUCUUUUUUCUGUCAUUUCACUUUUUUAUUAUUUGACACUAUUUUUGUGUAUUUUUUGUUUUUCAGAUGAUGAGUCAUGAUGGAGAAGACCCACUGUUACAAACGGUGCUUUCGGCUCAACUGACUGAACCUUUUGUUUCAAUUGUUAAGAUAGUCCACUACCUACAUGUGUGAUAUGUUUUUCUAAGAUUGACACUUUGUCCUCUUGGCCAAAUUUUGUUUUUAUCUAACAUUUUUUUAUCUGAUAAAUGAUGCCAUAACUCAAAUCUGUGACGCCUAUGCACUUCAAUCUAGGGUAUGAAAUUCGAAUAAACCAUAUGUUUAUGAGUUCAGGAGGGGGAGGAGGACUGAUUGAGACACUUAAGUAGAUUAAUUUAACUGCGCAGCGUUUGCAUGCCAAACCCGGCCCAACACUCAUUUUGCUGGUUGUUGCCUGUAGCUUUGUUGAUGGCUCUGUUAAUUCAUUUACGACAUGUUUGAUUGGUAUAAAAUAUUUAUGCUGAAGAUGGGAAGUUAUGUGUUGCUCUCAUUCUGAGCUUCUCUUCAUGUUUUUUCUCAUUCUUUUUUACAUUGCAUUUGGGCUGUUGUGUUUGUGAAAUCAAUGGCUUGGCUCAUAUUUCUUUUAUAAUUUUAUUAGAACAUGUGAUUGCGUAAUGUUAAAUAAAGACGUGCUGUGUUAAUUUCUAUCAUCUGAUUUGUAUGUAGAAUGUGAUCGCAUUGAGAGCAACCAAUUGUUGGCUGCUCAGUUAGAAACAGAUAACCAGUUGUUUCUUUUUCUUUUCUUUUUUUUGUUUGUUUUAGAAUGGAGUUAUUUAAAUUCUUAAUUUGCUGUACCAUUGUAAAGAAAAGUUGUACCAAAAUUAUAUUUUGCCAAAUUUUCAUAACUUUGGGUUACAAUGAAUUUAUCUGAUGUUAAGGAUUUUAAUAUAAAAAAAAAUGGAGUCUUGAUCUUUGUUCUCAGUUAUUGUUUUUCUUCUUUUUUUUGCCAUGAUGUUUUGUAGUGGGAAACAUGGUUAUGAAGAGGAACCUAGUCUUGAAAGUAAAUAUCCAAGUGGGGUGGUUUUAAAGUUGUCUGUACCAUGCAGCACUGUCACCAAUAUUUAUUGACUUGAUUAUACAGAUAUUUAUUCAUUGUUUUAAGGUGUAAGUAUGAAAAUAAAAAGCAUUUGUAAACAUGUAAAUCAUUGUCAAUGAAUUGUGUAAAAAUGUUGGUUGUAUUUGGAGAGUAACAAAGCAUUUGUCUAUUGA